CAGCAGCCCUGCAGCUGGGACUGCGGCAUGCUGUGCGGCAGGCUCUCGCUGCUGCACGUCAUCGUCGUCCUCGUCCUGCUGGGGACCACUCUGCUGGUGGUCGGUCUGGUGCAGCUGGCGCCGGACGCCGCCGUCGGCUCCCACAAGCUGACCCUCAUCUACACCGGCGCCGGCCUCCUGCUGCUCGGCUUCAGCUGUCUCGUCUGCAUGUGUCUGUUCCAGAAGAGGCUUCAACACCGCGCGGCGGCGACAGAUGGCAGCGGCGGCAUCAAGGUUCAGGUCAAGACCAGCAGCCCACCGCAGGACAGUGGGGAGAGUCCUAAAGUCUGACAUAAGCAUGCAGUGUGUGGCUGACGCGGUGACGCGGUGGACGCGUUCGGAAGUGCCCAUCUGAGUUUUGUUCUCGGUCGCGUGUUGCCCGCGAACGCUUUAUGGGAGCCCAGUGAGGGCCGCGCGCUGCUGGGACGGGCCUCGAAAGCGCGGCUGAACCGGCGGGCGGUGUGAAGUGGGCCGGCGAAUCAGGACUGGUCGGGCUGGAGUCAGCUGAUUGGCAAGCUCCGAAUGCGGACGCAUGGAGAUGAGAUUCACUGCUCUGUGUGAUUUAACUUCAUGACACUCUAUCAUUGGAUCCGGCGGCGAGGGUUCUGAGAAAUGAUGCUUCACAUUUUGAUACUGAUCCGGCUCGGAAAUUAGUACACCUCGGUGAGUUUGUUACAUAGAUUUUUGCACGCUAUUCAUGUGAAAAGAGGCUCGCCUGGAUGUAUCUUGUCAUGCGACCCACUGUGCUAAAAGCUCUCUUACCACUUGCGUUUUUUCAGUGACACCCUAUGAAAAAGCUCUUAGUAGUUUUUCUGCCAGGACUUUGAACUUAGGAAUGAAAAAAAAACAUUGUUGCGUGUCAUGGGAGACGAGCAAAGCAGGAGAACGGAUGACCCGCUAAACCCUUUUUUACACCUUGCCCUUUCCAAGGCACCAAAAUGUGAUUUUUCUCAUCAUCGCUCACUCCGCAAGCGUUGUUUCUAUGGUGUCCUGCCUACCAGUCCCUUCGUGAUUUUAUUUGUAACUUUUUCAUAACUGAAUUUUCAAUCAGAGCUGAGAUGAAAUGCAAAAUUCUAAAUUGCCAUUGCAGAGCUGGUAUUUGCAGCCGUGUUGUCAGAUCGCAGCGUACUCGUCGACUUAGUUAUUCUUGGAGCCAUGAGUACUUAAUUGACACAUGGCACUGAAGAAAUAGUACGGACUGGAGUUAACAACCAGUGGCAUAGAUUAAGGAGAUUUCGUCAAGUGGAGUUCGUUAGUGUUUAGAUUUCACCUCAAACCAUACUGCUCAAGUGGCCGAGGAUUUUCAUGCUUAAAAGUGCAUCGAAAUAUUUUGAAAUUCCGCUUGGUGCACUUUCCAUUCCUUUCGGCGUUCUGGAAGCAUGCAUAGGGAAACUAUUUUUGUAUAGAGAUUAACGCAACUUAUUGUCUGCACUCAAGAUGAUAUUGCCGUGAGGUAUCCAUCCCUUGGCUUCGGUAAAAGUACGAAGCAUGCAUUUAUCUCGCGAUUUAACGCCUGUUUUCCAAAUAGAAAGCCAAGGAACUUAAUUAUAAUCACAUGGAAGAAGUGCGCCCUUCUUUUUGCGCCAAGAAUGGGUCAGUACAAUGUUCUACAAAGAAGCUAUUCUUCUCCGAAAAGAAAUCGCGUUCGUAAUUUUGCAGAGGAAAAGUAGAACUUACCGAAUGCCCAUAGCGCUACACCAUAGUUAAAGACAUGCGCGGCACUAUCCAUACUCUGAGUGUACGGAUGCACCCUCUGAAAAUUUAUUUUCUAACACACAUUGCUACAUUAGACUGAACAAGUGCCGCAAGGUCGCUGAGGCACGGGGCUGGAUCCAAAUAUCCUCAGAAUCUGGCGUUUAUCACGACAGCGUCGAGCGGCAAGGCGUGUGCCCGAGCCGGUUUCAGAGUCCCUGGAAUGUCAUAAAACUCUGGGGGGAGGGGGAGAGGGGCAGUCGAUGUCCCUAGCCGAAAGGGACCUUUUGAAUUUUUCAAAUUCGUCUUUUCCGUGCCUAACAAGUCUCAGGUUAAGCAGGCUGCGCAUGCAGGGCUUCAAGUGCAAAUAUCUUUUUAAAUUCUGAUUGGGCUGUUGCGAUAUUUCGUCAGGUAAUGUUACACCGAGUCCAGCUAUCUUAAUGAACGUACCGGUCACAUUUAGGUCAAUCUAGGUCACAUGUAGGUCAGGUCUUCUUAACUUCGGGUAAUCUGUGAGCCCAGUCAUCAUUAAGUCGUCACAUUUAGGACAAUGUUUUAAAUAUCAGACCAGCUUUUAGGUCAGUCGAGAUAAUGUUCAGCUUAGAUCAGGUCAUCUCCAGGUAAGGUCAGGUCACCAAAUACUGUGUGAUCACAUAAUCCUGCCUGGAACGGGGUUUAAUAAGGGUGUGUGUUAACACGAGUUUGUGGCCACUUUAUUUCACCCCUAAAGCGAUGCAAAGAAUCAUGCUAUCUCUUUUAUCGUCCCUGACCUGAAGCUGAUUAAAAUUUGAGUCGUUGAGCCGAUUAAUUGCCGCCAGUAGAGAUAGCCGUCAGGGCAAGCGUCAAGCUAAUGUCACAGUAGACCCUUAUGCGAAGUCAUAAAACGGUUUCUCGAACGACAAUGCGAUUAAAAUUAGGACAAGUGAUCCCAUUGACUUUGGGUGAGUUAUGACGAUCAUGGUCAAAAACUCAUCACACUUCGACAGGACACUUUGGUGGAUAGGGCAGCGUUUGGCUCUAAUUUUGAAUUCCUUUAUAAUGAAGACAAUAUGGCAUGUUUACUUCGUUAAGGGCAGGAGAGGUCACUGACCAAAAAUGGCCUUUGUGACCGCUUUGGUUUCAGCACUUUGGGGCAUGAUGGCAGCUCUCGACGACGAGUCUGGUUAUACGUCUAACAUAAUCGCGAAAGUUUUUUUUCCGUUUCAACCAUCUGAAGAUCAUAUAAAUUCACUGGCACCAAAAAGGUCCUGAUUGACCUUUUAGAUUGAAAAAUAGUUAGGUUAAAGUUAUUUGCGUAAAAAGAUCGAGGUAUACUAUAAACCCUAACCGCGAAUUUUAACUUUUUCGACCUAAGCCGACUAACUGAUCACAACUUAAUGAUGUACAAAGCCAAUGCAAUCGAAAUCACACAGAUCCUCUGUCAAGUUUUAUUCUACAAAUUUGAUGUUUCCACCAUCUUUCUUUUUCAGCUCUCAGAGUUUCAUGCUGACCUCUAGGCAAGCGCUUCGUGUUCCUUCGGCCACCCGUGUGCCUGUGAGCAUACAAAAAAGGAAUGCUCCAAACUCUGACGGAAAUGGGUCAGCGAGAAAAAUGAGUGCAAGAAAAGAACUAUUUUCUGAGUGUUUGAUCAGAUUCGGCAUAGUGUAGGAGGCUCAGAAAUACGCCCUACUGUAAAUUAUCUAAAGCAAUCGAAGGG